CCCAGCCAGUUUAGUUGGUUUGUCCUCUUGUCUUCCUCCCGUUUCUUCUUGAAGUUAGUCCUCGCUCUUCAGCCCAGAUCUAGCUCGUUCCUUCGCCACGCGCAAUGGCCACAACUUUUUUAGACUCGGUGGUCAGGUCAGGGGCUUAUGGAGCCUCAGUCGUCAAGUCGCAGCUUUCAGAAGGCGCAAUGGUUACGGGUCGCGCAGAAGCGGCUCCGCGGGUGAUGUUCACCAAGGACGCGAGCAGCACUCCCGCGUUCGCCGCUCUCGACAUCGACUCGCAGUCCCUCACCGACAAGCCACGUGUCCUCCAUGUGUUCGCCACGAUCCUCAACCGCAUCGUCGCCAGCAACGAGGCCAUCUCCUGCGCGAACACCGCCGCUGACAGCACCGCCGCGAACUGCGACGGGAUCGUCUGCGAGAGCCAGGCGUCGCAGCUGACCGUGUUCGACGGUCUGCGGGCUCCCGGGAUCAGCAUUGAUAAGUACUUUGAUCGGAUCGUUAAGUACGCCCGCUGCAGCCCGUCCUGCUACGUGAUGGCCUACAUUUACAUCGAUCGGAUCAUGCAGCGGAAAGACGCCAUGCUUAUAACGACGCUCAACGUGCAUCGGCUCCUUAUAACGGGUGUGCUUGUAGCGGCCAAGUUUCUGGACGACGCAUACUACAAUAACGCGUACUAUGCGAAAGUCGGGGGGAUCUCCAUAGAGGAGAUGAACCGUCUGGAGCUGGAGUUUCUGUUCCGGCUCAACUUCCGACUGAAUGUAACUGAAUCGGAGUUCUCCUCGUACUGUAACGUGCUGCACGAGCAGCUGCUUGCGGAGGUAAGUGUUUCAGGGGAAGAUGAAACCUCCUCCUCGCGGUCGUACGGUUUCUUCUUGCCUCAGCUCCUGGCGAGUACGCUUUCAAGUAGCGGCCGGUGGAGCAGCAGUACGAGUAGCAGCACUUGUAACAGUAACAACGGCGAUGCAGGCGAUAGCGGCAGCGAGAUCGCCAGAGGCGACAGCAGUCGCAGCAACAGUACGGACGGCGACUCCAACUGUAGCUUCGAUAGCAGCAGCAGCGAUAGAAGCAGCACCGGCAUUGGCGCCAGCAGCACUAGCACCUCGCCUUCUUCGUCGUCAAUCUCCCCCAGUAUCGCCUGCCCAACUACCCGGCAAGAUCGCGCGCCGACUCAUCAGCGGAGGACGUCUUUAACCGCCUCCGCGCUGUCCGCCGCGUCGAGCAUCCUCUCGUUCUUCUCCCCGCGGAAGCCCGCUUCUUCCGCCGCCUCUUCCGCUACCACUCCCGCCCUUUCCGCCCGGCCUGGCAGCGCCCCUGCUUCUGUAACAAGCUCCCGUCUGGUAACCAGCUCGCAUGCUGUAACCGUGGAGCCGGCAGAUUCACGUCCACAGAACGAGGCAGGUGUUAGUGUGGACAGCUGCGAAGGCUCGGAUUCAGAAACCGCCGGUUCGGGGGGCGAAUGGCUGAGGUUCGGAGGUUUGCAGGCGAGUUCACAGCAAACGGAGGCUCGGGAGUCGAACUACCAGUGGUGGUUCGGGAGGGAGCCAGGGAGCAGCGGUGUGGAGUCGGUGCCUCGGGUGGUGCUUGUCAGCAACUAGAACAGCUAGUUUUGCGUUGCUUUGUCUGCUUUUGUAGAACCUCUCGCCCUAUACACCUCCCGCUCUCUUGUAGUUGGGGAGGGGGAAAUGUAUCGGGCUAGAGAUGCAUGUUCUGGUUUGUUCUUUCCAUAUUAUUUCCACUUCUAAAGGUUGUCCUUUGGCACGAGAAAUUGAAAACUAU